GUUCUCCAGGGUUUUUUGGGGGACUGGGGAUGGCUUUAAAGGGGAUAAACCUGGGGGUUCUCCAGGGGUUUUUUUUUUGGGGGGGCAUCUCCAUUGCUGAGCCCUCUCCUCUCCCCGCUCAGACGAAGAAGAGGAGGAACAACGGGCGAGCCAAGAAGGGCCGCGGGCACGUGCAGCCCAUCCGCUGCACCAACUGCGCCCGCUGCGUGCCCAAGGACAAGGCCAUCAAGAAAUUCGUCAUCAGGAACAUCGUGGAGGCCGCCGCCGUCAGGGACAUCUCCGAGGCCAGCGUCUUCGAUUCCUACGUGCUGCCCAAGCUGUACGUGAAGCUGCAUUACU